AUGGACAGCUGGGCGGGGAAAUCUGAGAGGGAGGCCGCUCAACAGGUCCCAGCGAAGGAAUGCUUCGAGCCAGAAGGUUUCUGGAAUGCCCAUUUGAUUUUUGCCUGGAAAUGCCCAGCUGUGAACCAGCUAAACCAGGAGAGCAGAGCGAGAUUCCCACAGCUGGUGAACACGGGGCUGGAACGUGCUGUGACUCAGGAGUUCCUCAGGUUUCCAGAGAGCCAGGCUGCAGGAGAUGAACAUGGGAUUCCAAGAGCUGUGGAAUGUAGCCCAGGUGAAGCUGAAACAAAGGCUGCUUUGCCCACUUUAAUGAGCUGCCAGGCUCAGGGCCAGGUUGUGAACACCGGCACGGAGCAGCCCUGUCCUGACGGGAUCCCUCCUACCAAAGAUGAUCCUUCCAUCAAAUCCACUUCCAAAGAGGAAGAAGUCAGGGCGGCAGAGAGCGUAGUAAAUUGUGGUUUAAUUCAUUUACCACCAGCUGAUUCAGGGAGCAAGGGGUGUUUGGAGGAGCAAACCCCCUGCAGCAGGACUCGGCCGCUCUCCGGGGCAUCGACCGCCUGCGAUGCGCUCGCCGUCAACACAGAAAGGCAGAGGAGUCAGGAGGGCUCCAAAUCCUGCCAGACAGAGCCUGAGCCCCCCAGGUGCAAGCAGGACACAGCAAAGGGCGGCCAUUCAGCUGCUGGGGCCAAGAAGAAGUUGCCACCGGCGGCUCUGUCCAAAAAACCCCGGCUGGAGGAGAAGGGAGGCGUCAAAAAGUCCGGGAAGGGCGAGGCGGGCGCGGCUCGUAGAGAAGACAGAAAACCCGAGCAGAGGAAACUGGUCUUGAAAAAGGACAGCAAAGCUCCCAGGCUGCUGAAGAAGAUCCAGGCAGAGUCUUUCCCUGAGGGCUCUGGGAACGUGAGGCUGUGCUGCCAGUUCGGGGACAUCCACGGGGACUCCACCGUUACCUGGACUAAAGAUUCCAAGGUGCUGGCUCGGCUGCACAGGAGUGCUCAGGAUGACUCUCCCGUCUCCCUGGAAAUAGCCAAGGCCGGUAACAAAGAGCAGGGCAUGUAUUACUGCUGCCUCAGCAACACCUACGGGAAGGUGACUGCCGAGUUCCACCUGACUGCUGCAGUGCUGGAGCGGCUCUCCAGUUUUCAGAGUUACGAAGGUGUGGAGGAGAUCGAGUUCAUGCAGCUGCUGUUCCGGGAGGAUUCCCUCAGCGACAGCUACUUCGGGGGGCACCUGCACGGGGCGCUGGCCACGGAGCAGCGGCACUUCGGCGAGGGGAUGCACCGGCGCGCCUUCCGCAGCCGCGUGCGCCGGGGCCUGGCGCCCGUCUUCGCGCCCGGCCACGCCUGCGUCCUCAAGGUGCACAGCGCCCUCAACCCCGCCAGCGGCACCAGGGACGAACUGGUGCGCAGGAACUACGACCUGGCGCUGCAGGAGUGCUGCGUGCAGAACGCCGCCAGGGAGUACGCCAAGCUGUAUGCAGCCGAGGCUGAAACGCUGGAAGGCUUUGGGGAGGUGCCAGAGAUCAUUCCCAUUUUCCUCAUCCACCGCCCCGCCAACAGCAUCCCCUACGCCACGGUGGAGGAGGAGCUGGUCGGGGAGUUCGUGAAAUACUCGGUCAGGGACGGCAAGGAGGUGAAUUUCCUGAGGAGGGACUCGGAGGCUGGCCAGAAGUGCUGCACCUUCCAGCACUGGGUGUACGAGAGGACCAGCGGGAACCUGCUCGUCACCGACCUGCAGGGUGUGGGGAUGAAGCUGACGGACGUGGGCAUAGCAACCCUGGCCAAAGGGUACAAAGGGUUUAAAGGCAACUGCUCCUUCUCCUUCAUCGAGCAGUUCAGAGCCCUGCACCAGUGCAACCAGUACUGCCAGAUGCUGGGGCUGAAAGCCCUGCGAGCCUCCCAUCAGAAACAGCGCAAAACCACCGCCCCCAAGGGCAAAACCCUGCCCAGCUCAUCGACGGGGAAGAAAACGGGGCCCAAAAAGGGCAGAGAGCACAGAGAUUUCAUUUCCUCCGAGCACUGAGGGCCACCCCGAGGAGCUGAGGGGACAGCAGGGCUCUCUGCACGUCGUUUCGGAGCUGAUGGCAGCGACAGAUGAAGGAGAUGAUUCUGUGCUCUGGGUGCCUGGGGUUUAACACCGGGGCAGGAGGGUUUGCAGCCCAUCUGCACCUUCUGAGAGCAGCACAGCUCGCUGGGGAACAUCUCCCCUUCCCCCUGUGACUGUGGAAACACCAAUGUGUGUCUAAGGUGCCGCUCAGUCCCAGUUUUGCACACUUGUUAUUGCUCAGGCUGCUACGGGGAAAAAAAAAUGGGUUUCCUUCCCAGGUUUUUGCAUAUUUC